AUGCGCCGUGAUGUGCAGAUAUUGUGCGCAUUACAGUUCAUCAAUCUUGCUACUUGCCCUGCGCUGCUUUCCGCCUUCUUCCUAGUAUCCCCUGCGCUCCCUUCUAUCCACCUCUUUGCCAUCCCCCUUGCCUCUCCUCAGGAUUCUGCUCCCGCAAGACACGUGUCGCCCGGCGACGGAAGCCCUUCAUCGCCGCAUUCCCCGGGUGCGCGUCGCAUCGCUACAGCUUCAAGGAUCGCCGCAUUCAUCGGGUACGUCGCUCUGCUCGGCGCGCUCUGCCUCCUCGCGCCGCGCCGAACCGCCUUGGAGACACGUGCUGACGAUGCCGUCGAGAUUAGCAGCAGCAGAAGCGCGGCUGUUCGCUUCUUCGCGUUCGGCGACUGGGGUCGCAACGGCACGUUCAACCAGUCGCUCAUCGCACAGCAGGUGCGACGCACGCCCUUUCUCAUCGUCCUUCACGCUAUGGGUGCAGUGGGGCAACAAAUGGUCCCUCAGUUUGUGGUGUCGGUGGGGGACAACUUCUAUGACGAGGGGCUGACAAACGUGAACGAUGACAAGUUUGCGCGCUCCUUCACCAACAUCUACACGCACCGCAGCCUGCAGGUCCCCUGGUACGCAGUGCUGGGCAACCACGACUACUACGGCAACGUUCUCGCUCAGCUGCACCCAGCCCUCGCCAACAGGGACCCGCGCUGGGUGUGCCGCCGCAGCAUGGCGCUCUCGCUGCCGCUCUGCCCCUCCGCCAGCGUUGACUGCGUUGACCUGGUUGACCUGUUCCUGUACGACACCACGCCCCUCGUCCCCGCGUACCGCCACAAGCAGGGGCGGUGUGUGGACUGGCGCGGACUCAACACCGCCAACUGGACACAGCAGGAGACCACGCAGCUGCAGGAGCUGGAGGGGUGGCUGGGCAACUCUCGGGCGCGGUGGAAGGUGGUGGUGGGGCACCACCCGGUGUUCAGCUACGGGCACCACGGCCACCAGCAGGAGAUGAUCCACCGCGUCAAGCCGCUGCUCGAGCGCUACGGAGUGGAUGCAUAUCUAAACGGGCACGACCACAACAUGCAGCAUGUGAAGAAGGAUGACAGGUACCAUACAUGCACCACGUGUGAUGAGUCGAUUUUUGAGUCGACUCAAAAAUCGACUCAGCAUGUGAAGAAGGAUGACAGGUACCAUACAUGCACCACAAAACCUUCUACGUGCAUGCAUCAUGUCUCGCACCCUUUCUCACCACCAUGGCACAUGCACCUUUGCACCAAGGUCGGGCCUUGGAGUAUCCAAUGCACGUGGAGUGUGUUUUGCAUUCAUUCCCUUCAUCCUCGCCUUGUCUUCCCCCCCUCACUUGCUGUCCUCUCUUCCCCCCCUCACUUGCUGUCCUCUCUUCCACACCUGCGUCCUCGCCUCACCCACCCCAGUCCAGUGCACUACUUCACGGUGGGGGGUGGAUCCAAGGCAUGGCGCAGCGACGCCCCCUCACAAGCCCCCGGGCUGCGUUUCUACUUCCCAGGCCAGGGCUUCAGCGCCCUCCAAGUGGACAGGGAUAGACUCUCAGUGGCCUUCUAUGGGGUGGACGGCCAGCAGAUGUACUCCACUACUUUGAGAAAAUGA